AAUGCGAGCAAACCGCUACCGAGUAGCUGUAAAACAAAAGAUCAGACUGGAAAGAAUGGAGCAGUAAAGGAACAAUCAAAGAGCAAUCAAAAACCUGCUCCAGCUAGCGUCUCGAGUAGCUCCAGCUCAGAUAGUUCCGAAAGUGAAGAUGAUGUGCGGGUGGUCAAAACAGUUUUGGGCUCUUCGACACGUUCUCCCCUUAUGAGGCCCAACACAGCACCAGCCGUUAGCCAGAUCAUCUUGGAUGAUGAUGACGACGAUGAAGACGUCACUUUCGUCAAAGCCGGGAAGAAGACGCAGGAGAAGCAGCCACAAGUUAGAACCCUUGCUAUUUCUGGAGUAUCGAUACGAAGUGCGGGCGUUCGAGCCUCCCCCGCUGAAAUAGCCACACAGUCGGCUCCUCCUGUUCCAGCGAAAUCGAGAAGAUUGGCAAUAUCGGGAGUUGUGGUGCCUAUUGACAAGACGCCUCCAUCGUCGUUUGGAAAAACGUAA